UUAUCAUCAUCAGUGACAUCACUAAUCCUUUUUAUGACAACUCAAAAAAGCACUUCAGAUUAAAAAAAUAUAAAGUCUGUUUUGGAUUUAUUUUCCCAAAGAGGUAAUCCAAACACAACAUAAUACACAGCCAAAAUACUGUUAACACUCCGCUGUCAUCAUACUAGAAAACAGACAUCAUUUUGCUCAGCACUGUCGAUUGUUAGGUUCAAAAUCAUUGUGUCUAAAAUUGAAUCUUGAUUGAUUGUUUUUUCACAAAUUUAGAAGAGAGUAAAGAUGUGGUUGUUUAGGAGAAAAGGUCCAUCUGGUUUCGGAUACUCAAACACAACCGAAGAUGUAACUCAUGGAAUUGAUGGAACUGGCCUUACUGCAAUUGUUACUGGUGCUUCAAGUGGUAUUGGUUCCGAGACUGCGCGUGUUCUUGCUAUGCGUGGAGUUCAUGUAGUCAUGGGAGUUAGGAAUAUGGCUGCAGGUAAGGAUGUUAAGGAAACAAUACUAAAGGAAAGCUCUUCAGCUAAAGUUGAUGUUAUGGAGCUGGAUCUUAGCUCCAUUGCAUCUGUGAGAAAAUUUGCUUCUGAGUUCAAGUCCUCAGAUCUUCCACUGAACUUGCUUAUUAACAAUGCAGGAGUCAUGGCAUGUCCCUUCAUGCUUUCCCACGACAACAUAGAGAUGCAGUUUGCCACAAACCAUCUAGGUCAUUUUCUUUUGACAGAGCUUUUGUUGGAUACCAUGAAAAGCACUGCGCAAGAAAGUAGCGUAGAAGGAAGAAUUGUCAAUGUAUCAUCCGAAGGUCAUCGAUUUGCAUACAAAGAAGGGAUUCGUUUUGACAAAAUCAAUGAUCAAUCAGAGUACAACCAAAUUUGGGCAUAUGGACAGUCAAAACUUGCAAAUAUAUUGCAUGCCAAUGAGCUAACAAGACGUUUGAAGGAAGAUGGAGUUCAAAUAACAGCUAAUUCACUUCAUCCAGGAUCUAUUAUGACCAAUCUUUUAAGGCAUCACAGCAUUAUUGGCGGCCUUUCAUCUACUAUUGGAAGACUCGUGCUUAAGAAUGUUCAGCAGGGGGCAUCAACAACUUGCUAUGUCGCAUUACAUCCAAAUGUCAAAGGCGUAAGUGGAGAGUAUUUUAUGGAUAACAACAUUUCAACACCAAAUGCACAAGCUCAAGAUACAGAAUUAGCCAAGAAACUCUGGGAUUUCACCAUGAAUUUGAUUCAGCAGUAAAUGAAUCUUCGUCUUCAAACUUUUAAUGCUGUGUUUUUACUAGGGUAAUAAUCAUCCAUCUGUUAAUGCGAAAACAAUAAGAAAAAGUUUACUGAUGUAACAUACCAUACAAAGGAUUAAUGUGGGAGGAAAUUUAAGCAAAAACUAAAUUUGGUUGUUUU